CUCAAUUCAUGAAGCCCACGGGCUCCUUGUAUUCUUGCAACUGAUAGUCACCAAGUCCAUGAGGCACUAAAUUGAGGGGGACCUGCACUGAAUGUGGAUGUUCAUUGCUGGAGCCUCCGCUCGGCGCCCUCCGUGGAUGUCAUCCAAAGAAAUCUCUGGUUCUUUGUUCUCACGAGGAGGAAGAGGACAUGGUUAAACCAAAGCAGCAGAAGCCAUCCAAGAAAAGUUCGCAUCCACAUGCCAAGAAGCAAGGAAAACAAGUUGAUAUUUCUCAAUUACGCUCUCAGUUGGAUAUGUUGGGCCUUCGGAUUAUUGAAGUGACUGCAGAUGGUAAUUGUUUCUUCAGAGCCCUUGCUGAUCAAUUGGAGGGUAAUGAGGAGGAGCAUCAAAAUUAUCGGAGCAUGGUAGUAAAACAUAUUAUGGACAACCGGGAGAUGUUUGAGCCCUUUAUUGAGGAUGAGGUCCCAUUUGAUGAAUACUGCCAAUCUAUGCAAAAUGACGGUACAUGGGCUGGACAUAUGGAAUUGCAGGCAGCUUCUCUUGUAACACAUAGUAAUAUAUGCAUUCAUCGGAACAUGUCUCCUCGUUGGUACAUUAGAAAUUUCAAUGACCGUGGAGCUCAUAUGAUCCAUUUGUCUUAUCACGAUGGAGAACAUUAUAAUAGUGUUCGGUUAAAGAAUGAUCCUGGUGAUGGGCAUGCGAGGCCAAUUGUGAUCAAGGCUGAUGCUGAUCUUUCAGCAACAUCACAUCAAGCAAAAUUAAUGGCCAGCGAGUCUCACUGGCAAGUUUGUGGGGAAACUUUUCAGUCAGGGUCCAUAAAGUUGGUCAUGGCAGGAAGUGGAUGUGAAAAUGCUGAAAAAGUGGAACAGAUUCUAGAACAAGUAAACGGAGAUGUUGGUGCUGCAAUUGAGUUUUUAAUAGCAGAACACGGAACAGAAGAGAGCUCUACAAAGUCUGAUUCCCCUCCCAGUCAGGAUGAUGCUUCUGGAUGUCCAGUUGGUGAUGAAAAUAAGAACAAAGAAUACACAAUACGGGAUUCCCCCACCAAUGAUGAAUCCAAUAAUAGCUCCACAAAGAUCAAUGGCAACAGCAGAUUGCAAAGAAAUGACAAGAUUCCUAGAAACAAGGUCUGCCCAUGCGGUUCGAAAAAGAAAUACAAAUCUUGUUGUGGUACAGCCUUGGGAGGACAAGCUGCUAAGUUAGUUGUUAACCAAGCGGCUGACACUAGAAAGGGUAGGAAAGAAAAGAAGCAAGGAAAGAAAAGUGUUCCUGCCAGAGCUGAUGUAAUAAGUGAAUGUGAUAAUGAAGGGACGCUAGACAUGGGUGCUCUAUGUAUUUGACAUGAAUUCCAAAUGUUCUUACAAUAUCGGACUACACUACUCAUCUCCUUUAUAUCAGAGAUCCACCAAAAUUUAGUGGUGCCUAUACUCGUUUUAGUAGACGGCCGGACUCUUCUGAUAUGUAGUUAUGUUUUCAAAAACGGGUUUGGUUUUGUAGUAGCGGAAAUUAAGACAGAAAGGGUUGAAAGCAGGGGAAACAUGUUUGUUUUCUAUUUCUGCCCAAAUAAAGUUUAGGUGCCUUUGGGAGAAAGCGUAAUUUUCUUUCCUUCCUUUAAUCAAUUUAUGGGAAAUGUAAGGAGAGGAAAGGGUUUUCUGAAUUCUAUAUUAAAUUGGAUUCAAUAUGAUGUUAA